AUGCCAUUGGACUUGCUCGCGCAGUGCCCGGGCCUAGAAGGCCUAAACGCCUUUACUCGCCCUCUUACCCCAAACGAUGUCAAAUCGUGCGUAACAGUAGAGAGCGCAUUUGUCGAGCACGAGAGAUGCUCCGAAGAAAAGUUUGCGUAUCGUCUCAACCAAACCCCCGAGCUCUGUCUCGGUCUCUUCAUCAAACCCGCCAAUAGCACCACGUAUCAAUUAAUCGGACAUAUCAUCGCCAACAAGACUCAAUCCCCAGUCGUGACGGAUGGGUCAGUGGAAAUGCCUACUUCCUGGGAGACAUUACCCCCGAACGAGCGAGUCCUCGUGGACGGGGAAGUGAUCGGGAAUGAUCCCCAGGGGACGAAUAUAGCGAUUCACUCGGUCGCUAUUAUCCCGGAGUAUCAAAGAGGCGGAGUUGGAAAGGCCUUAGUAAAGACGUAUGUCGAAUAUAUUCGAAGGUCUAGGGAUAUUGGGCAGUUCGGGCGGAUUGCUCUGCUCGCUCAUGAUUAUUUGAUUCGGUUCUACGAAGGUGCUGGGUUUGAGAAUCACGGGCAGAGUGAGGCUUUCUUUGCGGGUGGAGGAUGGUAUAAUAUUGUGAUUGAGCUCUAGUGGUCUUUUGGUAUGUAACUGAAC